CGACAUCGACGCAGUUCACAGAGCAGCAUUUGAAAAACUAUCGUCUCGCACGCACACUGACUCAUUCAACGCGCGCGUCAAAGUGUGUCCGUCUCUUUAAAUCCUAUUCGUGGAGUAUAACAGCAAAUCUGUCGUCCUUCACAUAUUUGAUUAAUGGCUUUCAUCAUGAUGAAGAAGAAAAGGUUUAAGUUUAAAGUGGAUGUGGACCUGGAGGAGUUGUCAUCUGUCCCAUUUGUGAAUGGAGUUCUGUUCUGCAAGGUUCGACUGACGGACGGUGGCUUUUCAGAGGAGUCUUCGAGAGAGCCAGUUCUGGUGAAUUGUGUUAAAUGGAAGAAAAGAUUCUCCUUCUUAUGCAAGAUGAGUGCUAAUGCAGGGACAGGGGUGCUGGAGCCUUGUGUUUUUCGGGUGUCUGUAAGAAAGGAGCUCAAAGGUGGGAAGACAUUUGCAAAGCUUGGUUUUGCUGAUUUAAACUUGGCUGAGUUUGCCGGUUCAGGAAGCACCACACGGCGCUGUCUGUUGGAGGGAUACAACACCAAAAACACUCGUCAGGACAACUCUAUACUUAAGGUGAUAAUCAAUAUGCAGCUAAUGUCGGGUGAUCCCUGCUUUAAAACGCCUCCAUCCACUGCAAUGACCAUUGGUUUUCCAGGAGACCCAGAGACAUGUCUACAUGAAGACAGAAGAGGAGAGACACAGAAAUCAACUUAUCAACAUAUUUGUACAGAAACCCCAGGAAAAAUCUUCAGCCAUAGUUCUGUUCCAGAUGAAUUGGGAAAGUGUGGCCAUUCAAGAACCGCCAGCUACGCCAGCCAGCAGUCCAAGUUCUCGGGCUACAGCACGGGUCACUCGCGCUCCUCCAGCCUGACGGAGCUCUCGCAUAGAAGGAACUUGUCUGCGGGCAGUGCCUCCACUGGGAUUGGCAGCCUACCAGAGCCCAGUGAGGACAGAGAGUCCCGCACACCUUUGCCCCAAGACUUAGCCACACCGUCACACAGUGGGAUCACAGCCAACAGGCACCCUGUAAAGCAGGACUCGGUUGAGUCUCAGCUAAAGCGAAUGGACGCUACCAGAGUGGAUGCUGACGAUAUCAUUGAGACAAUCCUACAGGGUCAAGACUUCAGCCGCAGCAUACUCGAUUCUAGUAAUGAAGAGGAGGGUCUGCGGCUGUUUGUUGGGCCAGGAGGAAGCACUGCACUGGGCUCUCAGCACACCAGGGUUGGUGCUGGAGCUUUUGAACAGGUGGUUAUAAAACGCUAGACUGAAUAUCCAUGGGGGAAGGUGAUGUAAUAUCCUGUGUCAAAGAAGGGGACAGCAGUUGUCUUCGAUCAUAAGCAGCAGUUCUAUACUGGGCUCCUGACACAUUCAUGGGCUCUAGGAAUUUGUGACAUCACUGCUCCCCCUACUGGUCAAGCUCUGGUGACAGACAAAAGCUUUAUUUUAGCUCAAAGCAACAGGAAAUGCUUGGAUUGGUACACUUUUACCAAAAAUACAUGGUUAUAGUUCUCACAGUCAUUUUGAAAAUGGUCGCUUGGAACCACUGGUAUAAUCGAACCGAAAAGGCGUGUUGCAGUAUUUAAGGUCUAUUUUAUAUAAACUUUUUUUUAAAAAUCCAUUGACAUGGAUUGAUGCACUUUAGACUGUCCGGUGUUUCCUUUAACGGAUGCUGCUAAUUUGAAAAAAGAAAAAAAAAAAUCGGUUCAAAAAUCAUAUUAUUAGUAUAUUUAUACUGCAGAUUUCAAGUAGACUUGAAACUUGAAAUCAUAUUUCUGAUAAAAGCCUUUUUGUGACUUUACAGUAGACAGAGGACAGCUAGGUGGUCUGAGCUGUAGGUAGCUAUUGGUUCAACACCUGGUAGAAGUAACUGGACUGCUGGACUGUUUUUCAAGUCAUUUGAAAUUAGAAGCCUCUGUUAAAAUGGCGUAAUCCAAAUUAGUUUUACAGGCAUUCCUUUUCUGUUAAGGAGAGAUGUAGAAGACCUGAACCAGGAUUCAGGAUCCUUUGUGUUAGUUUAAAACGGUUUGAAAAUUUGGGAGAUUUUAUAGUUUAUUAUUGCAAGAAUUUGUUUGAAAUAACAUUAAGGCUAAUAAACAGGGCUAUUUAUCAGAUUUCAUAUUGUAGAUUAUAGAUCUGUAAAUUUUUAGAUAGUUGUAUAUAAAGAAAACAUGGAUUUAAUUUAUGUGUUCUGGUUUUUCAGUUGUAACAAAAAAACUAAAGUAGUAAAAAAAAAAAGAAAGAAAGACUUAUGAUAUAUCUGAUAUUUCAAAUCAUAAAGGUCAUAAAGUAUAUACCUAUAUAGGUAUAUUAUAGGUAAAUAUACCUAUAUAAAUAUACAUAUAAGUAUAUUUACCUAUAUAUAAGUGUAUUUCUUAAAUACUGUUUAAUACUUCUUGAAUACUGCCUAUUGAAAUCUAAGAAAGUACAGUGCCAGACUGCCACGAAUGUCUUUCUCAAAAUGUACCUGUUUUUUGUUUGUUUUUGGUUUUUUGUUUUUUUUUUUGCAUAAAAGUAAAUUAUGUAAUUAAAUGGCAGCAAAAAAUGUCAGUCAAAAUUCAGAAUGUAAUGUUGCAUUUUAAGAAUGCAUUAGAGCAUAACAUAAAUGUUGUUUAAGAAAUAAAACAUAUUGCUGAUA